GCAGUCUCUGAAUUGGUUAAAAUGGUCCGAUGUUUUGAGUUUUGUUAAAGCUUUCCUCACGUGUUUCUGAACUAGCAACAGCUUCAACACGUCCAGGUCAUGACCGACUGUUGAAUGAUUUUUGGACUUGGAAGCAUACUGUUUCCGAUUGUUUCGACUUGUAACUGUGACAUUAACUGGACAAACGGAGUAAGACCAUUGAACAAACUGAACCCUUACUGAACGAGACAAAAGAUAAUGCCACUAUGCCUUUUACGAAACAUUUUUUUGAAACUUCAUUAAUUAUGCUAAUAUGUUAUAAAUGUAUAUUGUAAAUAAAGCAACAUAAAAGAAGACGAUAAUAAACACAAACAAAACAAAAACAAAAAAAAAAAAAAAAAACAAAACAAAACACAAACAAAAACAAUACCAGCUCGCUCGACUGCUGUAGCACCCCCGGUUGUUGGGAGCCAGUAGGGCGAUGCUCGACCGAUUUGCACCCGGUUCCACACCUCAUUUCGGUGAGCGAACGAUGGAUCGGUGGAUGAGUAAGGAGCAGGAAUACCGGGGCGGUCUAGGGGCGUGUACGAGCACUCUCAUUGGCCUCGGCCUCCGGUCGGUCUCCCGAACUCUCUGUUUUCCUUUCUUUCCGUCUUAUUUUUGGUUGCCACUCAUGCGGUCGCUCAUAGCGUGCUGAGGUGACAUCAUUUCUAGACGAACCGGUGACGUCAUAUGCAUUGCACUGCCUACUAGUACGAACAAACGACGACGCACAGUGAGCGGGAGUAACCUGACGCAAAGACACAUGCGAUGAGAUGGUCCGGGGUCGAUGGGUGUUGGUAACUUUAUACCCCUGUUUGGACUGUUUGGUAUUGUUCCAUUCGUGGGCCACCAGCCGCCUCCAUCGCUCCCCUCGGAUUCUUGGCCGUGACUAUCCGGUGGUAACAGACGAGCGGCUUGGUAUGCGUGGUGCCCUCGCAACCCGCUUUCGUGGUUCCAUGCCCUUGUCCCAUAUGCUUUCUUUGGAAUCUGGAUUCCAUAAACAUGAUGAUCCGUGUCUAUCGACUCCUUUACCUUCUUGCACCGUAUGUGGUUUGCGGUUUGUGGUUUUGUUUUGUUCUAUGCCGCCGAUCAAUUAAUUGAAGAAAACGCCGACGAUGUGUGAAUGAUAGUAAACGGCAAUGUGGCUCGCCCGGAAUUAAUUGACCAGACGGAUGGACACGGGGCACGUCUUAAGCCUUUGUGUGCGUGUCCCUAUAGGAGGGGAAUUGAACGAAUUAUGUCAUCGGCCACCACCACCGAGAAGUUACUGUCGCGCAUCGGUAAUAACGCAUGUUUGUAGCCGAUUAGCUUCGGCACGCAGAGCUGUUUGUUGUGUCGGUUUGGAUUCCACGUUUGGAAGCGUCUAGGAAGCAGUAAGUGCGAAAUGAUCUUACAUUCCUUUGUUCAUCGCAAUCAUGGUAAUCAUCAUCGACUGGUUUACAAUCGGUUGAUGGGGUUCUCAAACAAAGUUGCUGUACGGCAUUGAACUUUGAAUUUGAAAACCGAGUUUAGGGCAAGUUAAACAAUCAUAAAUCGCCCGUGCAGGUCCAUCCCAAGCGUUGAUGGAUCAAUGUUGACGAUUGCAUUUCCGUCGAUAGAUUGCGAAAGCGUUUUUGAUCUUACUGGAUACCACUUUCCACGAUCUCGCGUACGAUCAGAGAUACAUCGUAGCCUUUAAAAUUAGACAUCAAACAGACACGUAACAAAGUGGACAAACAAAAAACUUCCAAAACACGACUGAACCACGACCAUGAACCGUGACAUGUUGCCAUUCGAUGUUGACCUUCACACAUCACAACAACAAAAUCCGCUCGCUUGCGACUUCAAAGCGCGCGUCCAGACUCGAAAUUCAUCAACCCAAUGUGUGGCCCCAUGGGAAGAAUGUAUGAAAAAUGGAUAGCAUGUCAAGCUAUCGCUGUUUGGAUCGUUUGCCAAAAGGAGACCAUCCUAGGGCGAGAUCCAACGCCAAGUGGUCAGCUGGCUAAGGCGUCAGUGGUUACCCGAUUGUCGUUGACAACUUCCGACAUUUAAAGUGUGACCGAGUUGGCGUGAACGAAAAAGGGGAGAGAGGAGAGAAUGAAGCGUAUGCCAAAUAAUGUUACUUUUCUUGGCUGCUCUAUCCGGAACCACCGAGGAACCUCGGGUUCCUCCCUGGGUAAACAUUAUAUCCCAUAACGUGCCGGCUGGUUCCAAGACGUAUUUAUAGAUUUAAAUGCGCUUUUCGGAUUAACUUCGGCGUUGAACAUGGUUUUACUAUUAAAACAUGGCCGUACGAUCGAUCAUGCAUGCAACGUUGCAUGAUCGUUUCAUUUCGAUUUUCCCGUCCAUUAGGAACGGAUCCUCAGCGAGACACUUUCGGGGAAAAUUAUUUUGAUUAGCACCGAUGGCGUUCACUUGAUGACCGAGACCCGCCGGCCACAUCCUUCCAUCAGCUACCCCUUACCAACUCACACAUCGCAAAGUGUGUCCCCAUAAUACAAAUAGUAGAUGGCCGUAGGUGGAUUAUUAGGUAGCUACCAUGAACCUUGCUCCUGUGCUCAUGACACUUUUUCGACCGGAAGGGUCUUAAGGUUAAACGUCCAUUAGACGGAACGCCAACAGCAGACGGCGUGCUCGGGACGUGUGCACAAGUGGCUUACCUUUUGUUCUCAAGCUGGAUCUCAAGACAUUGACCGCCGCUAAUUGUGUUGGUGAGACGGCUAAAUCGGCUCUCUAGACAUGCGAUCUAUAAUGACUAAAACCUACGCCACUUGAAACCGUGCGGCGUUUGGUCGUUUCGUGCACUAAAUACAAGCCUGAUGGGUGUUCUUACCUCAUACAUCUUUCAUCGAGCGUCGGGAGAUUGGCUUGCCUUUCGCGCGAGGGAUCAAAUCCGAGGGUGUUUACUUGAGUGUGGAGGGAGUACCGUAGGAAAGGAAACACACAGUAGAUCCGUUUCGUUCCUUCCGAUCGUUGACGGUUGGUAGCAGGCAAAAGAAAAAGAGAUAGGAAGAUGAUUUAGGUCGUCUCAAGUUUCAUCUACUCCUCUGCCAUGGCACAUGGAUUGUAAAUUAAUUAAUGGAGAUCUUAUGUUUAUGAUUAGGAUGGGGAUUUGUGAAAUCGAUUGCCCAAUCAAUCAUUCAUUUCUCUUCGAUAGAUUUACCAAACAUAUGUUGUGUCAAGCAGUGUAGGUGGAUAGGUAAAAUUUCCUUUAAUUUUAACGGAGAUUAAUGAUGGUUUAGUUAAAGCUCGUUGGUUGAAUUAGGUCUAGUUUCAGCUCGGAAUUGAUUGAAAUGUUAUCUCUCUUGGUUACCUUAACAAUUAUCACAUACGUGCUAACAAUGCAGUGUUAUUGUAGCGCAGAAGGCGGACAUGCAAUGUAGCGUAGUGAUGGUAUAGCUCAACAUUGAACACGGUUGACUUCUAAAGUUUGGUUGUGUUAAAGAAUGAGACAACACAUGGCAGCAAAAAUAACUGCCAAUAAACGUAGGCGAUAGUGCCUGAUGCAAUUCUCCCGCUUAGGUCGAUAAGUGCGGAAAUAGAUAAUGCGGUAGUAAAAUAAGGCAAUAAU